AGGCUCGUUGAUUGGUAGUCUUAUUUGACGUUUAUUUACUCUAUGAUUUGACGUAAACGAUAAACAUGGAUCCUGAAACAGAGAACGUUGUCAAACUUAUUUCCCCGGGAAACAUCCCAGAUAACUGGCAGGAAAAUCCAGAUUUUUUGAAUUACAUCUCGAAACUUGGUUCUUAUGGUGUUGAACAGUUAGUGAAAGAACCAGAUCAUCUCAGUGAAGAGGCUGCUGCCAUCUUGGAGCAAACUCAGGAACUUGCAUUCACCAACUACAAGACAUUCAUCCAAACAGCGGAAUGUUCGAGGGAAAUUUUCAGACAGUUCGAGAACACGGAGGCCCGCCUGGACGACCUGGUGCGCAAGCUCCCGGAGUUCGCGGAGAGGUGCCGGCGGUUCGGCCGGGCGUCGGGCGACGUCGGCCGGCGGCGGCGGCUCAACUCGCUGACGCUGACGCGUAGCGCGAGGCUCCUGGAGGUGCUGGAGCUGCCGCAGCUGGCGGAGACGUGCGUCAGCGACGGCCGCUACGAGGAGGCGCUCGAGCUGGCCGCCCACGCCCGCCGCCUGGGCGCGCGCCACGGCCAGAUCCCCGUCGUGGCCGGCAUCGCGAGGGACGUGGAGGCGGCCCGGCUCGGCAUGGUGCACCGGCUGCUGUCCCAGCUGCGCUCCUCGGACCUGCAGCUGCCCGCCUGCCUGCAGGCGGUGGGGCUGCUCCGCCGCUCGGGGCUGCUCUCCGAGGCCGAGCUGCGGCUCAAGUUCCUGCAGGCCCGCGACGCCUGGCUGCAGGGCCUGCUGGCCGGCGUGCCGAGCGACGACGCUAAUCAGCACCUGAGCAAGACGAUCGAGCUCACCCGCAUUCAUCUGUUUAACAUUGUGACUCAGUACAGAGCCAUCUUUAGCGAUGAAGACCCGAUAAUGCCAUCUUCGAAGGAGCAGAACGUCAAUGAAGUCCUCAUAUUUUAUAGUUGGCUUACUGAGAAGGUAUCGCAGUUCCUGGCCGCCCUGGAGCAGGACCUCCCCCGCGUGGGCAGCGGCUCCCUGGACUCCCUGCUGGGCCAGUGCAUGUACUUCGGGCUGUCGCUGGGCCGGGUGGGCGCGGACUUCCGCGGCCUCGCCGCCCCGCCCUUCGUGCGCGCCGCGGAGCGCAACUUCGAGCGGGCGGUGCGCGGCGCCGCGGCCAGGCUCGAGGGCGACCUGAGGGCCUUCGCUCUGGCCGGGUGCCCGGGCGCGCCACCGCGGGCCGCCCCCCAGCCGUCCCAGCAGGACGGGCCGCCUCGCAGCCUGCUGGAGUUCCCGCCGCUGGCCGAGUACUGCAACGGCCUGGCGGGGGCCUUCAACGAGCUGCGCCUGUGCGCUCCGGCGCCGGCCGCCCGCGAGUGCACCCGCGCGCUGCAGGCGUCGCUCCGCGCGGCGGCCGGCGCGGCCCGGGCCCUGCACCGCCGCGAGCAGCAGGCGCUGGCGCCCGCCGGGCGGGAGCAGCUGGCGCGGCUGUGCGCGGCCCUGGGCGGGGAGCUGGCUCCUUACGCGCAGCGCUGCCUGCACGCCGUGUUCCCGCCCGCGGCCGUCGCGCGCCACCUGGGCCUCACCGCGCAGCAGCUGCAGAGGGAGGGUGUGACGUACCUGAACCAAACUGAAAUCCUUGCGCCAAUCAGUCACCUUUUGCCUGUCACAACUGAACUUCCACCUGUGACCAACAUGGUGUCUGGAGAGGAUGGUGACCAGAAGAACCAUGCACCUGCAGAAGUAAUGCCAGAGUUGAAUAAAUAGUAAUUUAAAAAAUAAAA